AUUGUCAAAUCUAUCAGCUGAACUGUCAACUAAACGUUUUACAAUAAUUUUGGCGACUACCGGCGAAGUUUUCGAUGGUCUCUAAGGAAAGGUGAAAAGAAGUGACUUUUUUGACUAUUGCCAAUUGAAGAGAAAAGCUGGAGCAGCAUGUCAAACGACAAGCGAACCAUAUAUGUUGGGGGCUUAGCGGACGAAGUUGAAGAAAAACUUCUCAAAGACGCUUUCAUUCCAUUUGGAGAUAUUGCCGACAUCCAAAUGCCCGUGGAUUAUGAAACCCAGAAACACCGAGGAUUUGCUUUUGUUGAAUACGAAGUGGCUGAGGAUGCAGCAGCUGCCAUCGAUAACAUGAACGAUUCAGAGCUAUGUGGAAGGACAAUCCGUGUGAAUUUAGCGAAGCCAGUAAGAGUAAAAGAAGGAAGCAUAAAACCCGUUUGGGCUGAUGACGAAUGGCUUCAAAAACAUGCAGGCGCUACACUUGAAGAAAAAGAAAAGGAAGAGAAUGAGAAAAAGGCCGAGGAAUCAGAAUCUACUCCAGUCGUUAUUUCCAAACCGGAAAAACGUAAUCCUCAAGUGUAUUUCGACAUUCGAAUAGGCGGUAACGAUGUUGGUCGGAUAGUUAUGCUACUUAGAGCUGAUGUAGUUCCCAAAACAGCAGAAAAUUUCCGAAGUCUGUGUACACACGAGCAGGGCUUUGGAUAUAAAGGAAGCACACUGCAUCGAGUGAUACCAGAGUUUAUGUGUCAAGGUGGAGAUUUCACAAAUCACAAUGGUACCGGGGGAAAAUCUAUUUAUGGUAAAAAGUUCGCAGAUGAAAAUUUCACCUUAAAGCACAACGGUUUCGGAACAUUGUCAAUGGCUAAUUCAGGUCCUAACACAAAUGGGUCGCAGUUUUUCAUAUGCACAACAAAAACUGAUUGGCUUGAUGGUAAGCAUGUGGUUUUCGGACAUGUCAUAAGCGGAGCCGACGUUGUUCGUAAGAUUGAACGUUGUGGGACGAAAAACGGAACACCUACACAAAAAGUUGUUAUAUAUUCUUGUGGAGAACUGAAAUAAAGACAAAACCUCAAAUUUUUAAAAAGUAUUGA